CACAAUAAAACCAUAACUCUAUUUAAAGAUAUUUUUUAUUUAUUAUGCCUUAAUCUUGAAGAAUUUCUGAUAUUGAUAAUUUGUUUUAAAAAGAACGGCAUAGUUGAAUUUAACGAGGUUCUCACAUAUCGACGGCGGAAUAUUGAUGAUGAAUAUUUCAAAUCUUGGUGAAGAAUUACUGUUAAUGAUAUUCAAUAAACUUAACACUGCAAUUGAUGUUGUUAGGGUCCGCAGUGUUUGUAGUUCAUGGCGUUCUCUACUUCCUCCACCUUCCUCUUCCAUUACACGUCUUCUUUAUUCCACUAAAAGGUACGGUCAAUCUUUUCUUUUCCCAUGCAAAAUUUACCGCAUUCAACCAUCUUCUUCUAAUAAAGGAUGGAUCAUUAAACUUUUUCAAUUACCAAAUUCCUCCAUAUUUUAUCUCUCUGAUCUCUUCACUAACACCAGAAUCCCAACACAGAAUAAUAAACUUUUUAAUUUCAUCAACUUUCGAGUUUUCGAGUUGUUUCAACUACAUGCUUUGAGUCGACUUUACUUUAGUUUUCAAACUGUUUGUUAUUUUGAAAAAGUUAUAUUGUUUUCUGUUGAGGGUCGUUGCAAGAUCUUUGCAUUACGUACUCAUGGGUCGUUGGAAGUUUCUAAUAUUGGAGAAAAUACUAACACCAUAUUAACGGGUGAUGAUGGAAACAUCAUGAAUUUUCAUGAUAUAAUCCUUUUCAUGGAACAACUUUAUGUUGUAGAUAGCGGGGGGACAAUUUUCUGGAUCAAUCCUCUGUCAUUGAAGAUUGUUCAGUUUUAUCCAAGAUUGUUUUGUGGUUAUGAAACGGAGCAUAUGCCGGAGAAAUUGAAGAAUUUAGUAGAGUAUGAUGGAAGUCUCUAUGUGGUCUAUUUGUAUAUUGAUAAUGAAAGGUAUAGCACAGAGGUUUCCACCAUCAAUAAAUUUUGUGUGGAUGUUUAUAAGAUGGAUGAAGAAAGGGGUAAAUGGUUAGUAGUAAAGGAUUUGGGUGAUGCUUUGUUUGUUUUGGGUAAAGACUCAAACUUUUCAUUGCUGGCUAAAGAUUAUUAUGGAUGUCAAGGAAAUUGCAUCUACUUCUAUUGGAGAAACAGGGUUUGUUGUUUCAGCUUGGAGAGUUUAAAAGCUAAACUGGUCGAUAGCAUUUUUUGGCCUUGUCCAACUUUGUUCCAUCAUAUGACAAGUUAAUUUUUGUUAUUGGUAAUGCUAUUGCAUGUGCAAUAUAAAAGUUAAAGUGUUUACAACAGCAUUACAACUAGAAUUUCAACUGCAACAGGAGGACAACAAUUAAGAAGUGACAUGACAUGUAUUUAUUCAGUUACCGAGGAAUAAUAAUUUUGAAUGAUGUUGCCUUUUGUCUUAUAGCUUGGUUGAAAUGCUUAGGUAACAGUUGGCUGUCUUACUCUUAGCAAUGUCAAACAUGUCUUUCUCUGUAUGGGACAAACAAGUUCUACAUUAUUAUUCCUCUUUGCUGAUUUAACACUCUGCAAAGAGUUGAUGAGAUACCACACUAUGAUAACAAGUUAAUAGCUUUUUUUGUUCUAUUCUA